GUUUGGCCAGUCGUGGUGUCGUCGGCCGAGUUAAUUGUUUGGUGCACACUGGUCUGCAUUCAAGUGGUGCUCCUUUUGCGUCUCGCAUAAUCUCUCUCCGUCGGACGGACUGCGUCUCUUUCUGUGCUGUUGUUUUUCUCUCUCGGUGCGCGUGGAGGCCUCUUCGCCGACGCCACCAAAUCUCAGACACUUCGGAAUUUUGUCAAAUCAUGGCUUUAGAUUACGGCACGCACUCGUUCAGAUCUCAUCGAAAACUGGAAGAAUCAGCCAGCACGUUCAGGUCGGUGGAAAUCACCAGCGCUAGCUCACUUCCAUACUCGCGGCAUUCUAGAAAAGAAAUGGCCGGUGGCUCUCCGCUCAGCAGUCCGGUCACCGCCAGAAGGACCGAGCCCAAUGGUCUCAUGGACCCCAUGCUUCGGGACCAGUAUCUCGCUCAACAGAUGAUGCGCAACUCACCGUCGUACGCGAUCCAACAGCAAAUGUUGCAGGCUCAAAUGUUUCAGCUGAAGAAGCAACAACAACUGCAGCAGCAGAUCCUGCACGAGCAGUUCCAGGCGCAAAAGCAGCAACUCGCCGAACAGCACGAGCAGCAGCUGCGCCAACACCUAAAGAACUUAAAUCUCCAACGCAAUAUAGCGAAGCUGUGGGAACAAAAGAAGUUGGAGGAAGAGCGCGAGCGACGUGAGCAGGAAAAGCUCGAGAUGCUGCGCAAGAAGGACAAACAUGAGCAGAGCGCAAUUGCAUCCUCAGAAGUCAAACAAAAGCUACAGGGAUUCCUUCUAAAUAAGCAGGCGGCCAAAGCUGCAAGUGCGGCCAAUGUGUCCGGCGCCAACGGUGUGCGGGGUGGCAGCCCCAAUUCAAACUCACAGCAGGCCAGUCAGGCAAGCUCGGCCGCCUCCAGCACCAGCUACUGGUCUGGUAUGCAACCCCCUGCGCCACAACCUGAAAAUCCAGCGCCGCCACCCACUGGCGCUUCGCCAUACCCAAGACCUCAAGCGCUCCUUGGAAAAUAUGAUGAUGACGUGCCCCUCAGGAGGACAGCAUCUGAGCCCAACCUCAAAGUGCGUCUCAAACAAAGAGUCAUUGAUAGGAGAAACUCGCCCCUAAUCAGACGCAAGGAUCGUCUUCUCAAGAGGAAAUCCCAGCUCGCAAUGGACGCAUGCAACAGUCCUGAAUCUGGUCCGAACUCGCCACCCACCUCAGCUGCAGCCGUCAUUGCAGCACAGUCUGCAAGAGGCAACACGCCAAUCCAGGAGGUGGGUCGAAUAUUCAAAGAGGCUAGUUCACCGUACGCGCCGUUGGCGAACAGUCAGGGCAGCAUGAAUGAUCUCUCCCAGCUGUACAGCAGUCCAUCCAUGCCAAACAUCUCUCUUGGCAGACCACACGUCCCCUCGGCCUCAUCAGGCCAGCAAGAGGGCAUGAAAAUUUCACCCCAGACCGAGGCCGAAGUGCGCGCAGCCUAUGCAGCACGAUACGGAUUGCCGCUCACAGGACAAAUGUUGCAAAACUCUCUGCCCUUCUACCCCACUCUGCCAGUGAUUGAUGGAGACUACAGUAACCCAUCCUCGCCGAGCUUCAUCCAGAAGCAAAUGCAGGCCCUUGAGCAGGCGCAGCACCAAAAUCUCAUCACCGCCAUGUACCACGCUGGACCAAUCACAGACCAACAGGUGGCCCACGCUCACCUGAACAAAGGUGCAAGGCCUCUUGGCAGAACAAAGUCGGCUCCUCUGCCCUUGGGACACCCCAUGCUGCAAGGAAGCCACCCAAGUAAUCUGACAAUGCCCUCAGCCAACUACCAGGAGUACCUGCAAGAGAAACAAAUGUAUGACCAGCAGCAACAACACAAUCUGCUAAAGCAGCACAUUCGGAAAACGGUGCUCACCAGAGCGAGUGGCAGGAAUGCUUCCGCCCAACUGGACGAAGCUGUCGAAGUUGAUGAUUCUGCUGAGGACCUUUCCUUAAAUAACUCAUCCGAUAGCUCUUCACCUCCUCCACUGGUUAUAGAUCUGACGGACAGAAAGAGUGAGGAAGAUUUGGCUGCCAAGCAGCAAAGAGAACGUGAGCAGUAUAUCCAUCAGCAACAACAGAGAGAUCUGCUCAUGAGACAGAAUUUCACUUUGCAAAUAAGUGAAGGCUCUGCUUUCACACCACGUGCAGGCCACAUGGUGCGUCCAUUGUCUCGGGCCCUGUCCAGUCCCUUGGUGGCUUUGGUGCCGCAGCAACAGUCGGAGGUCAUGGCCAGCAGCAUGCAGUCAGUCAAACCUGGCACCGCCACUGCCCUGGCCUACGACGGCCUCAUGCUGAAGCACCAGUGCAUCUGCGGAGACAAUUCCACCCACCCAGAGCACAGCGGCCGUUUGCAGAGCAUUUGGGCCAGGCUAGCUGAAACUGGUUUGAUGUCCAGGUGUCUCCGAUACAGAGCCAGAAAGGCCACUUUGGAGGAAAUCCAAUCGUGCCACAGCGAAGCCCACGCCCUCCUCUUUGGCACCAGCCCUCAAAACAGACAGAAAUUAGACGUUAGUAAGCUUAGCCAGCUGCCAAUCAAGAGCUUUGUCCGACUGCCCUGUGGAGGAAUUGGGGUUGACUCAGACACUACUUGGAAUGAGCUUCACACUUCCUCAGCAGCAAGCAUGGCCGUUGGGUGUGUGGUAGAUUUGGCCACCAAAUCGGCCAGUGGUGAAAUCAAGAAUGGUUUUGCGAUCGUCAGACCUCCUGGUCACCACGCAGAGCCCUCACAAGCCAUGGGCUUCUGCUUCUUCAACUCUGUGGCCAUCGCUGCCAGGCAGUUGCAGCAGAGAUUUGACCUGGAGAGGAUUUUGAUCUUGGACUGGGAUGUUCACCAUGGAAAUGGCACCCAGCAAAUAUUCUACAAUGACCCGCGCGUUUUGUACCUGUCAAUUCACCGCCACGACGAUGGCAACUUCUUCCCUGGAACAGGAGGGCCAACGGAGUGUGGUGCUGACGACGGAAUGGGCUUCAACGUCAACGUCGCCUGGUCUGGCGGACUAAAUCCUCCAAUGGGAGACGCAGAGUAUCUGGCCGCAUUCAGAACAAUCAUCAUGCCCAUCGUGAAAGAUUUCGACCCCGAAAUCGUGCUCGUGUCUGCUGGUUUUGACGCUUGCUCUGGCCACUCGGCGCCUCUUGGAGGCUAUCAAGUGUCGGCAGCCUGUUUUGGCUACAUGACACACCAGCUAAUGCAGUUAGCAGGAGGAAAAGUUAUAUUGGCAUUGGAGGGUGGAUAUGACCUCCCGUCCAUUUGUGAUGCUGCUCAAGAAUGUGUGAAGGCACUAACGGGCGAGGAAACUAGUCCAAUGCGCGAAGAGGAAUUGUGCAGAUCACCCAACCAGAAUGCCAUUGAUACUCUGCAGAAAACAAUUGCCAUACAGAACCCCCACUGGCCGUGCAUCAAGAAAUACGCUCACACAGUUUCAUGGUCAGCCAUUGAAGCGAGCCAGAAGGAGAGGGAUGAAUCAGAGACUGUCACGGCAAUGGCGAGCCUUUCCAUGAAGCAACAUGGUGGAAGCACAAUUCAGAUACCUGCACCAAGUGAGAGACAGUGCACCCCUAUGGAAGAGCCAAUGGAUCAAGAUGAUGCCAAGUAAGAGCAUGCAAGUUGAAAGGUGCAUCUUCAGCAAUGCUUGAUCUCAGUCAACGUUUCACGCUGGGCUGCAACCCAACUGGGCAGCCGAUUGAAAUAAUACAAUAUUAUUUUUCCACCCCGCAUAUACACAAGGCCGAGCCUAGAUAAUUACGAAAAGUUCUACAAUCUCUCAAUUAUCACGUGGAAAUCAAUCAAAUGAAGCUGACAAUCUACAGCCCUGAUAUUAAUCAUUGCAAGCAGAAUGAAAAUUUGUCUUGGGAAAUUUCGGAACCCUGUAAUUCCAAAUUUUUUUGUCGCUCGUGGAGAGGCAACUACAGAAAAAUUUAUGUACACAAAGUUCAAAACAAUUUGAAAUUUUUACCAAAGUCAGUUACAGCUCAAUUGAGAUGUUUAUCUUGUUUUGAUUUUACAAACUAUUCAAUUAUGGUGAAAGUCAAACUCGGCUUUAAAUUUUAUUACAUUUUAUAUUAAGGAUAAUAUAGAAUAAGCGAGUAAAACAUAUUGUUUGUGCUUAACAUAAGGUGUAAUUGUAAAACGUGUUUAAAAAUGCAAUUUUUAUCAAAGUGCAGGCCACUUAAAAUUGAAGUUGAGCAAAAAAGUAUAUAUAAAUAUUUUAUUUUUAUUAAGGUUUGUUUAAAAAUGACCAAUGACUUUAUAGUUUGCUAGCAGUCAAAUCCUGCAUAAUGAUCCUUUCAAAAGAUCAAAUUUUGAAAUUAACAGACCUCUUCUUACAACAUGUUUUGAUUUCUGUGAGCUGCCCUCUAGCUAUUUAAGAAUUGUUGAAUGAUUUUGUUUCUUUUCUAAAUAACUUGGUUUGAUAGCCAAAAAUUUUAAGGGAAAACCAACCAAAAUUGACUUUGGUGUGAACUGCUCAAUUCACUUCAUUCCAUUAUUAUUUCACUCGAGAUUCAAGAGGCGCCAUAAUUAAAUUUACAAAACUCUGUGUCAACUCCUGAAACUAACACUUGUGUGCUUUUGUUCUCUUGAGUCUUGAGGUAGGGAUUUGUGUUGCACACCACUCUGCACUCGAUUUCAAAUCUGUAUAGGUGCAUCAUACAUGGAAUUGAAGUUAAAAAAAAGUGCAAAAUUGGAGCUAAGCUGUUCUGUUUCGUUUUUUGUGAGGAACAUGUCGCUAUAUAUUAUUGUACUGUUAUUGAGAAUAUUGUUCAUGAAGCUGUCAGUGUGAUAUCAAAAUUAUAUUUGAAGUCAAGAGCCUACGAAUCGACAUUAAACUGAGCUCACUUCAACAGAAGUUUGAGCGUAAUUAUUUAACAAUUAAAGAAAGCAAGACCAAAUUUGGAGUCGGUCCGUAUUAAAAGGAAUAUAAUAUUAUGUUGAAUGUUUCAAGUACAUGCAUUGUGUUGUCAAUAAAUGGCAUUAUUCAUGUUUAAGGCAAUUGUUAUUAAAGGAAGAAAAAAAUGAAUGUUAUGAAAUGGAAUAUAUUUGUACUAUGAAUGUGAUACAAUGCACAGAACAUGCAUUUAUUUUUAUGUAAAGCAUUUUGGGAAAAGUGUUGCAAGGGUUUAGAAUUUGGAACGGUUACUAGUUUUCGCGAUCUAUCAGGAAGAAUAGUCAGAUGAAGCUGUUUUUUUAAUGCAAAAUUAAAUCAAGCGCCGAGUUAAUUCACACAAUGUUAAUUUGUGUUAUGCAGUGGAUCAGAUGAAUUUGAAAUUUAUUACAUAUUUUUAUUUUCUUUACUCAAUCGUGACUUGUUGGUUGCAUAUUGUAUGCUAUAUUAUAUUCUUAAUGAAAAUGAGAUGACUCCUGUGUACAUUAGCAGAGGAAAUUAAUUUGGUUUACAUAUAUUAUAUAUAUACAAUUAAUAAAUUGAGCAUGUAUUGUGGGGUGUGAAAUUACACAACAUAUUUGACAUUCCUGCUUGUUAUAGUAAUUAAACAAAAUAUGCAACAAAUGAUACACACAUCACCGAUCACAAAAAUCAUGUGUUGAAAUGAUGGAUUGUAUUCUGUAUAAUUACCAAAAUGAUAAAUCUGCAAUUGGUUGCAUAUAUGUCUGUGUAUGAUGAUUACAGUUAUAUAUCUUUACAUUUAAAUAUUAUCGAGUAUGUCACGUAUGUUAUGUUGCUUGCUCUUCUAUCAGUGUGAUGUAAAAAUGUUGCCUUGGAUGUAAAUGCAUUUGCUGUUUGCAGGAGGGUUCACGUUCUUUGCUCGAUAUAUUGUCAAACUGGACAGGAAGAGCAAAGAACCUGAGCUCAGGCAGCAAUAUUGGAAUGGUUGUUUACUCUGGAGUAGAGAAAUAAAGUCAUGCCCCAAUGUAAAAAAAUCAACUGUUCAUUAUUUCUCUGCGGAACUUAUUUUUUAAGGAGGAAAAAAGAAUAAAUUUUUAGUGAAAGA